GCCGCUCCGCGGCACGACAAGCAAUAAUAAAGAUGGGAUUUCUCUGGAUGAUUGAGGAAGACCUUGUUUUGGGCUCUCUGCUUCUUCCAGCCAAACACCAAGAAUCUGGGGAUCACAGCAAAACAUCCUGGCUUUCUCUCCCCUUGCCAGUGCUUGAGGAACUCAGAGGUGGUCCUGCCCCCAGAACCAGUGACUGUAGAAAUGGGUUCCCUCACAAGCACUUGGACCAAUGCCAUCCAGUGCCUGCUCAGCUGCAGCUCCUCCAGCCACACUUGGGAUUCCUUGGUGUGCAGGUUGAGCUAAGGGGCUGCCAGGAUGGUGCUGCAUCAGCAAGGACCCGUACUCAGGGAUCAGAACGGGAACUUCCAAGGCUGUUUCAUGUACCCCUAGCUGCAAGCAGGAGCCCCAGACAGUGGCAUGGCGCUGGACAGUCCUUGCGGGUGUGAAGCCUGAGUGCAGUGUUGCUGUCAAGCUGACUGGCAGGACUGCUUGCCCCUGGAGCCUGCACAGUGGUCCUGGCUCCCCGGCAGAAUGCUGAACCCUGGGCUGGGGAGCAGGCCCUGUUCCCUGCCAGCUCCAGGCUUGCUGCAGCUUGUUGGCUAAAGGGUCCCAGCACAGCCUGCUGAACAGGUUGGGCUGCACCCUGUGCUGCCUCUUCCCCUGGCACCAUGCCUUGCCUGGGGACACAACCAGAAGCCCCACAGUGUCCCAGCACUCUGGGCCACCUGCCAGGGUACCUGGACACAAAGGCUUCGGUGCUCCAUCCCCUCGGGGUGGGGCGGUGUGUUGGGCAGCCUGUGCCAACACACUGUGUGUAUCCUCCGCAGGACACCUGACCUUUGCUCGCUCUGGGACAGUCUGCUGCUAUGGCAGACCCCCCUGGCUGCUGCUCUGCCUGUGCCACCUGCCUGCUCUGCCCCUACAGCUGCCAGUGGAUCACUGCCAAGAAGGAGAAGAGGAAGGGCCUGAGAACCACUAAGUAUGACUGCAGCUGGUUCAUUUUCCUCUUCUGUGUCUUCCUCUUCACGUUGGUGUGGCUCUACUUCGCUAUCAUCAUCCUCAAUGAUUUCCACAACUUCAACGAGUUCAUCUUCAGGCAGAGGAAGCUGUGGCUAGACUGGUCCCUGGUCCUGCUCAUAGCUACAGCUGUGCUGAUCAGCUACUCGUCUGUGCUGCUGGUCCUGGCUUUGUGCUUGCAGCUCUGCGGCCAGCCCUUGAAGCUUCACUGGGUGCACAAGGUCCUGCUGAUCCUUACUGCCCUGGUGGUGGCUGCAGCCUUCACAGGGCUGGGAGUAAAGUGGGCAGAAGAGUGGAAAAGUGCUCGUAUCUCCCUGCAGGCAACAGGUCCUUUUCUGCACAUUGGAACUGUGGGGGGAAUGACGCUCCUUGCCUGGCCCCUGGCCAGUUUCAUCUACCGCACCCGCAGUGCAGGUCUCAAGGUGUUUCUGCUGCUCGUGUACUGUGCAGCGAUGAUUGCACUAUACCUGGCUCCCCUGGGAAUCACCUCCCCUUGCAUCAUGGAGGAGAACCAGCUUCCCCCCAAGCCAGCCCUAGUUGGCCAUCGAGGAGCACCCAUGCUGGCCCCUGAGAACACCCUCAUGUCACUCCACAAGGCGGUGGAAUGCGAUGUGCAAGUCUUUGAGACAGACGUCAUGGUGAGUGCUGAUGGGGUCCCAUUCCUCAUGCAUGAUGAGGAACUCACCAGGACCACCAACGUGCAGGCUGUGUUCCCUGAGAGGGCUGCCCUGAACAGCACUGCCUUCAACUGGACAGACCUCCAGCAGCUGGAUGCUGGCAGCUGGUUUCUAGAGCGGAGACCAUUUCCCACUGUGCAGAGUCUUUCCCCUGGUGAUCGCAAGGAGGCAGCUAAACAGAGGAUCCCGUCCCUGGGACAGGCUCUAGAGGCAGCCAAGCAGAGCAACAUCUCCAUCAUGUUUGACCUUCGGCCUGAGAACCACAGUGACUACCAGAACUUUGUCAACGUCACCCUGGGAGUGAUUUUACAAUCAGGCAUCCCGCUGCAGCAGGUCCUCUGGCUUCCAGAUGGGUUCAGGGAAGAUGUAAAACAGCAGGCCCCAGGUGUCCAGCACAUCUAUGGCCGGAAGAGACUCGAGAACGAGAAGGAGCCAGAGCUGCACGUCAAUCUGCCCUACCAGGACAUGAGCUCUGAGGAGAUCAGGCAGUACCGCCAGGACAACAUCUCUGUCAACUUGUAUGUGGUGAACCAGCCCUGGCUCUUCUCAGUCCUGUGGUGCUCAGGGGUGAGCUCUGUCACCACCAACGCCUGCCAGGUGCUGAAGGAAAUGAAACACCCCAUCUGGCUGCUUCCCAGCAGCACAUACUUCAUGAUCUGGAUCGUUGUAGACUGUGUUUCCUUCCUUAUCAUCAUCUGGGCCUUCGUCUUGAUGAAGAAAUGUUCCCACAGAAGACGGCCGGCGGAGUCUGAGACGGAUGUGCUGCUCACAAAGAUCAACAGCUUGAUGCAGGAGUGACCCCUCUCGCCUGUCAGCCGUGGGGAGAGGCAGCCAGAGGCCUGCACAGUGGGGAGCACUCCUCAGGCCAGCUUCGAGGCUCCUUUCCUUUUCAGACUCCUUCCUGAGCCUCCCUUCUACCGUGGCCUUCCUGGCUCCUUUCAUGGUGCUCAGCUGCCCUCAGCUGAAAAGACUUGGAACUGAGUUGUCAUUUCCCACUGGUAGCGGGGAACUAAAGCUUUGCAGGGUGGCCUAGGGGCAGAAUACUUACCCAGCAGUGCUGGAGCUGAGACCUCUCCCUUGGGGUUUGGACAGGAGCAGGGAUUUGGGUUGCUCUUUGGUGCAGGGGAAGGGCUGUCUCUGCCUGUUGUCAGCACCUGUGCAGCCAGUGAUGGGACACCUGGUUUAAGGACUAUUCCCUUGGGGGCUGCCCUGUCCCGCGGCUUGAGGAAUAGGAAGCGGGGUGUGGAGUGGCUUUUCACACAACAAAGGGGAAGCCGAGCUCUUCACCCUGCCAUCCUGGACAGAAAUCCUGUCCCUGCUGCUGCUGGCUUCAUGUUCACGGGACAGGGUCCUGGCACUCCAAGCAGCAGUUAAUGCCUGUUGCUCGGGAGACAAAAGGCUGGGGGUGGUGGGUGUCAGGGGCUGGCAGGACCGCGCUCACGCUCCUGCUGCUGCUGCAGGGCAGCAGAGGGAGCGGUGGGACUCGGCAUCGGUCACGUUGCAGCAGGGCCUUGAACACGGAGAGGGGUAUCGGGUCAGUCUGACUUGUUGCUGUCUAUUUAUGUCAAUAAAGCAGAGGAGCGGCAGACAGA